CAUUAGAGGAAAACGACGUCGGAUACAGCACCUAAAAACUCAACUACCCCACAAUCGGAAAAGGCCCGAUGAUAAUCAGCUCUCAUCAGCUUGAGAGUCUGGAACAACUGAACAAGGAAGGACUCUAUAAUAAUUCAAAGAUUCAAUUGAUCUUUGGCGGGCAACAUUGCUGCAAUAGUGAGGUUCAAAGCUCAUUAUGGUUUACCACUCUAGUUUUGUUGAUGAGGGAGGAGUAACAAAAGCUUGUGGUUGUCCACUACUUCCUUUGAAAAGCCAUAUCAAGGGUCCUGCUCCAGUUUCAGAUCAAGAAAGCAUUGAUAUUGUUGAUGAAGCAAUUACCUUUUUCCGCGCUAAUGUCUUCUUCAGGAAUUUCGACAUAAAGAGCUCUGCCGAUAAGCUGCUUAUCUACUUGACAUACUAUGUCAAUGUUGCUUUGAAGAGGCUUGAGGGAUGCAGAACAUUGGCUGAAGGUACCAAGGCCAUUAUUAAUUUGGGUCUUGAGGAAGUUCCGGUGCCUGGAGAGUCUGGGUUUCCUUUCCCUGGUUUAUUCACACCUCCUAAAGGCCAUCAGGAAGCACUGUUAUUCAGAAACUACCUGAAGCAGAUAAGAGAAGAAACAAGUGGGAGAUUACUGGGCGUUGCUUAUCGACCUAAUGGCACUCCAAAUAAAUGGUGGUUGGCAUUUGCUAAGAGGAAAUUUGUGAACAUCAUUGCACUGUAAUCAGCUGCUUGCUUGCCAGAAGUACGUGUCAGAAAGAACGAAGAAUGAAACAAACAUCCAGUUUCAAACAAGUAAGACUGCUCUAUGAAAUCUGUUCUGCUAUGGUGAAAAGAACGUAAAACAAAUUAAUCAAACGUGUAAUUCUUCAAACAUUUUUCGACUAGGCAAUCAAAUUGAUGAUUAUCUCAGUAGGUGUUCUGUAUAAAGAAAUCUACUAAUCUGUGCAGAACCUCUUUAACAUACUUGUAUGAUAUCAUGCCUGUUGUUCGCGAAGCUAAUCAAGUUCGUAUACUCUGUAACAGCAACCUCGGUAUAUCUUAGCACAUAUGGGCACAUUGGUAAGCCAUGGUUCAGUAGUUGUGCAACACGAAGCACCUUGCGCGUGAACUAGUUCAUUUCUCAUACUGCUCUCGUUUUCUUUUGUUAAAUUUUUUUUUUUUAAGUAAGAUACAGUGUAAAGCUAAUCAUGUUUUCUCUCAAGAUGUGAAAAUAAGUUUUUUUCUUUGGUUA